GAGGGAGGGAAGGAAGAAGAGAGAGAAGCUAAACAGGUGGUCUGAAAACACACAGAAAACAAUGUCGUUCGGCGGGGAGAGGCGGAAAGACCUUUAGUUCUCGCUUCUACAAAGGAAUACCGGGACAGCCGCGGAGCAGAACCAACAAAAACCCAUGCUCCUGUUUUAUUUCCACACGGAUUUCUCCGCCUCCUCCUCUCCUCGGUUUGACUCCGAAUCUGGGCAAGAUCUCGGAUACUAAACCAUGAAAGUCACGGUGUGUUUUGGCAGGACCCGGGUGGUGGUGCCGUGCGGGGAUGGAAAUAUUAAAGUGCACACACUCAUCCAGCAGGCUGUCAUGAGAUACAAGAAGGCUAUAGCCAAGGAUGCUAGUUACUGGCUGCAGGUCCACCGGCUGGAACACGGAGAUGGCGGCAUCCUGGACCUGGAUGAUGUGCUCUGCGAUGUGGCCGACGACAAAGACAGGUUGAUAGCUGUGUACGAUGAGCAGGAGCCCCAUCAUGGAGGUGACGGUACCAGCGCCAGCUCCACGGGGACCCAGAGCCCCGACCUCUUUGCCGCAGACCUCAGCGCCGGCAGUGGAGCUUCAGCGUUUCAACCCUACCAGGCUGCCAGCGAGAUCGAGGUUACGCCCUCCGCCUUGCGCACCAAUAUGCCCCUCCACGUCCGGCGCAGCAGCGACCCCGCCCUGCUGACCAUCAACGGGCCGUUCAGCGGCAGCGAGUCACGGGUCCAAACGGAAGAGCAGCCGUCGAGGAAGAACCCGACCCGCUGGUCCACCACCGCUGGCUUCUUGAAAGCCCGCCACUCGACUGGCACCAACAGUCUAGAGAGGAAGGGUAAAGGUAUGGACACGUAUCGCAGUCUGCCGCGGGAUGCAGGGACGUGGGCCAAUCAGAGAGAGUUUCAGAGAGAGACGGCCCGCUCAUCACUCAGUGCCAAUCACCCCAUGGUGGACCGAUGGCUGGAGAGACAAGAACAGGAGGAAGAGGCCAGAGAGGAAGAAAACGGUCGGAUCGAGCCGGUUGGACGAGCCGACUCCUGCAUGGACCACGCCCCUGUGAGGUCACUAGAAGACAUAGUCAAACUGGUGGAGGUGUCAAACGAUGGCGGGCCCCUGGGAAUCCACGUGGUGCCUUUCAGUGGCAGGGACCGCAGGACUCUUGGCUUGUUGGUCAAGCGUCUGGAGAGGGGCGGGAAGGCCGAGCAGCAAGGCCUCUUCCAGGAGAACGACUGUAUCGUCCGUAUCAAUAACGGAGACCUGCGAAACAUCCGCUUUGAACAAGCCCAGAACAUGUUCCGUCAGGCCAUGCGCUCUCCGGUCAUCAUGUUUCACGUGGUGCCGUCGUCCAUGAAGGCCCACUACGAGCAGCUGUCCCACGCCGAGAGGAACCCGGCGUACGCCUCGGGUCGUUUCAGCCCCGACUCCCUGACCGGCAGCACCGUCUCCGGCAUGGACCACACCCCGCAGAGGAUGUCCCGACACGGCUCCCAGUCGCACCCACACUCCCAUCCGCACCCUCACUCCCACGCUCACCCAGACCCGACAGAAGGCUACCCUCCUCUGACUCACCCGGCAGUCUCUGCGGCCAAGCCUCCGACGGGGCACACGCACUCACCUCAGAGGGGGCUGAACUCCACCCCAACGGGAGGAUAUACCAAAAAAGUCGGGAGGAGGCUCAACAUCCAGCUAAAGAAAGGUCCCGAGGGACUCGGCUUCAGUAUUACAUCACGGGACGUUCCCAUCGGGGGCUCGGCACCCAUCUACGUAAAGAACAUACUGCCAAGGGGAGCUGCCAUCCAAGAUGGCCGCCUGAAGGCAGGAGACAGGUUGCUGGAGGUGAAUGGAGUGGACCUGAAUGGGCGGACCCAGGAGGAGGUGGUCUCUCUGCUCAGGGCCACACCCAUGGGCGGGGCUGUAGGGCUGCUGGUCCUACGCCAGGAAGACACUUUCCUCCCUCGAGAAGUGAACGCUGAGCCCCAGGUGCAAUGCCCCAGAGAUUCGCAUCCAAGGCAGCCCGUGAUAGCCGGGAAACCCCAUUGGCUGAUUGAGAAGACAGAGGAGGAUGAGCUGGUCCUGACUCCAGAUGGGACCCGGGAGUUCCUGACCUUUGAGAUCCCCCUCAGUGACUCGGGUUCAGCGGGUUUGGGUGUCAGCGUCAAAGGCAACCGCUCCAAGGAGAACCACGCCGACCUGGGCAUCUUCGUCAAAUCCAUCAUCAAUGGAGGGGCGGCAUGCAAGGACGGACGGCUUCGAGUGAACGACCAGUUGAUCGCUGUCAACGGGGAGUCGCUAUUGGGCAAAACCAACCAAGACGCCAUGGAGACGCUCCGCAAGUCCAUGUCAACGGAAGGCAACAAACGUGGGAUGAUCCAGCUCAUCGUGGCCAGACGAGUGGCCAAACGAAACGAGGAGACACCGGGCAGCCCACUGGGACCCCAGCCGACCAUGAGCACCCCUCUGGACGACCACGAGCGCCGAAUCUCCCACUCCCUGUAUGGUGGCCUGGAGGGUCUUGAUGACAACCUGAUGCCACGACAAGGCAUGAUGCCACGCACAAUAGGUAACUAUCAGCUCUCUCCGACUGUCAACAUGCCGCAGAACGACACUGUGAUCAUAGAGGACGACCGGCCGCCGCUCCUCCCGCCACACCUCUCCGACCAGUCGUCGUCCAGUUCCCAUGACGACGUGGGCUUCACCGCUGACAUGACGCCACAGUGGGCCAAAGAGCUGCCCACUCAGAAUGACAGCUCCCUGGGUCAAGAUGAAAACAAUCCAGACACCGCCUUCCAGAGGGAAGGUUUUGGACGCCAAAGCAUGUCGGAGAAACGUACCAAGCAGUUUGGAGACGCCUCUCAGCUCGAGAUCAUCAAAACACGCAAGUCCAAGAGCAUGGAUCUAGUAGCCGAUGAGAUUAACCUCACCCCUCGUCCCGAGAGCAACACAGGUUCCUCCACAAGGGAUGUGGGGCCAUCACUAGGUUUAAAGAAGUCCAGCUCUCUCGAGAGCCUCCAGACAGCUGUUGCCGAGGUAACCCUCAACGGGGACCUCCCAUUCCACAGGCCUCGCCCCCGCAUCAUCAGGGGGCGCGGCUGCAACGAGAGCUUCAGGGCGGCCAUCGACAAAUCCUACGACCGACCGGCUGCCACGGAGGAGGACGAUGAGGGCAUGGAGACAUUGGAGGAGGACACGGAGGAGAGUUCACGAUCAGGGAGAGACUCUGUGUCCACGGUGGCCGACCAGACCCCGCUGUCCGGCACCGAGAAACCGCUCGUCAACGGCACCAACCGCACCAAAGAGGAGAAGAAGAAGGACAAGGACAAGGGAGGGAAGGAGAAGAAGAAGCAGGAGGGAGUGAAGGAGAAGGACAAGGGAAAAGCCAAGAAGGGCAUGCUGAAGGGACUCGGGGACAUGUUCAGGUUUGGGAAGCACCGAAAGGACGAGCGGCCGGGCGAAAAGAUGGAUCGUAAAGGCUCCAGCAAAUGGAGGCCUGAGGAGACGCAGGUUUCUGAGGAGGAGACAAUGAAGAUGAGGAUGGAGCAGGAGAGGAUCCAGGCCAAGACCAGGGAGCUGAGAGAGCGACAGGCCAGGGAAAGGGACUACGCCGAGAUUCUGGACAUAAGCCGCACGCCGGAGAGGUCCUCUGAGGAGGAGCACACGUACGCCGGAAUCAACCCCCUGAACAGCUCCGUGGACAGCGGUCACAGCCGACCCCACAGCCCCCGAGACGAAUACCCCCACAUCCAUCCACACCACCAGCAGCAGCACUCCGAUUCCCUCUACACCCAAGUCAGCAAAGCUCGCAAUGACCGGCCUCCAUCUGCAGACAGUAACCGGCUAACCCCUAGCAACCACGACCGGAUACAGAGGCUGAGGCAGGAGUUCCAGCAGGCCCAGACCGUCCCGGACGACCCCGACGACCGCAGGAGGACCUACAGCUUCGAGCAGCCCUGGUCAAACACCAGCAGCAACGGUCCGGGCGGGUACAGUCAGCCGGGUCGCCACUCGGUGUCGGUCGAGGUUCAGAUGCAGAGACAGAGGCAGGAGGAGAGGGACUCGUUCGCCCAGGCACAGCGACAGUACAGCUCGCUACCAAGGCAACCCAGGAAGAACCCUAGCUCCAUCUCCCAAGACUCAUGGGAGAAGGCGUACCCACCUGGAGAGGGUUUCCAGACCGCCAAGGACAACCCCAGAUACUCCAGCUACCAGGGCUCCAGGAACGGUUACCCGGGCGGCGGCAGUGUCAACGCCAGGGUCCUUCUGGAGGCCCAGGAGCUCCUGAGGCAGGAGCAACGGCGCCGUGAGCAGGAAGCCAAAGGGAAAUUAAUGCAGGAGAGCAGCGGCAACAGCAGCUACGAGGGGUACACUGCGGCUCACCUGAAGGACCCAGCCUCGCCCAAGGGUCCCUACCGCCAAGAUGUGCCGCCUUCACCCUCGCAGUUAGCGAGGCUUAAUAGGUUGGGGUCGGAGAAAGGAAGACUUUUUUAUUCCUGAGGAGCGUUGCUGGACUUGAUGGAUAAAGAGCUGAACAGAGAACUUUUGGCUCAGGAGCUGAGGGGGGGGGGUUACCUUGAAGAAACCGCAGAAGUGGACGCUACAAAUCUUGACAAAGGACAACCUUAGAGGUCUUAUAGCCCCCUCUUAGAGGUAAAACAGCUGUGAAGUGUGCUCAGUAUGUGGGUGUUUGUGUUGGAUCCCUAGCUGUGCCGAUGACCUAUACAGUAGUCACUCAGUCGCUCGCCCUGCUACAGACUUGAGACGCUCAGUGCCUUCUCUGCAUUCACAAACACGGCGCUUGUUCGCAGGCGUCCAGGACUCAGACUCUUCGAGACCUGGCACCGUCACGUAUUGACAAUCAAACGGGCAAGUGAGCGGUCGUUCUCUCUGAGCCCACGGGGAGGCGUACAACAACGUUUCUGUUGUGUGGGCAUGUGACGAGGUACAUGUUUCACGAUUGAGUAUGUUUUUUACGUGGCUUUACAGAGUGUCACGUGGACGCCCCCCCCACCGGUCACAAGUCACCUUUUCCUCACCUUCACUAAAGUUAACAUUCAACCCCCUCUACCAACUAGGAACGCUGCUGGCUUUGCUGUGCUUUCUGUUUUCUCUACUUCAGGCGUUUUCUCCUCAGCGAUCGGGCUCUCUCACAUGAGUACUCCCAGGGGGGCAGAGAAAACAAGGCAAAGUGUAUGAAAGAAGCAGGGCACAGUGUGUGUGUGUGUGUGUGUGUGUGUGUGUGUGUGUGUGUGUUAUUAAUAAAAAAAAAAAAAACCCUCAUAAAUGAUUCAUAUGGUGUGUUAUCUCCGUGAGGGAGACCCAAGCAGAGAGGGUCGACAGCUCUGAUCCUGUGCCUGGCCCCCCUUGCACUGCUCUGGGCUUGACUCACUGGCCUGCCUGCCUGUCUGUCUGGAGCUCUGGCUCCCAUCCCUCCUCCCGUUGUUCUCGUCAUCUCUCUGUUCAUUACGCGCCUUUCUUCUACCUUUCUGCUCUCCCUUCCUCGCUCCUCUCCCGCCUUCCUCUCAUCCCAGCCCUCCCCUUCCCUUUACUCUUCCUCCUGCUACCCAGUACCACCACCCUCCUCCUCCUUGUCUCCCGAGUCAGGCUGUGCACUGAAUUUUUCAUCACAAGCCACCUGCUGCCUGCCAGAGCCAAAGCACGCUGCCACCAGAGGCACCGACAGAGGGCCCGGCUUCUGACAUAAAGACAGGAAUGAAAGCAUAAAAAAGAGUGAGGAUAAAGAUGGUAGAGAGACAAUGAGCCUCCCAGUGUGAGAUUAGCUGCAGCUUUUCUCCUGUUUUUUAACAAAAGGCAAAAUUGUCCUCAGGAGUUGAUUGCUUUCGAUUGCUAUAAUUGCUUUUUCUAUUUUUUUUUUUACCUUUUUAAGCAUUUAGCCAACAUAUUUCUCCAGAGUGAUUUGAAAAUAGGGAGCGGGUAGGGGUGCCAUCUUGCUUUCAAAAAAACACAGCAGUCAAUGGAUGAACAGAGUGCUGCUGGCUUUUAAAGGAUGGGUUGAAUGAAAUUACAAAAAGCAGAGUUUUGAUUUUAUUUGUCCAGGUUUUCUGAUGCCAUCCUAAUACAGCGGAGGAGAAAAAUCUGCAGAAAUCUGUCUUUGAAUUGAUUGAGUUUGUAUGAAAACUGCUGACAGUGCACUAGCACUAGUCAUAUUCAUGGUCCCUAAUUGAAAGUUAGCGGGCUUGUUAGCUCGUUCGCUAACUAGACAAUGAGUUUAUUCAAACCAUGUUCAGACCGAAAGCGGCAAGAAAUUCAAAGUGACCAAAAGUCAUUCAUUUUCUACGUGAACCAGACAGAAGCAACAGAACACUAGAGAACACAACCGUGUAAACUUCCCAUCAAACAUUCGUUCCCAAGCACAAUGGAGGAGAAAUAAAUAAUUGCGGUGGCGGGUGCGUCCCUGUGUACUUACAGGGUAAAAAACGAUGCAUGGAAAAAGGUAUCCGACAUUGUAGGUGUUCGAAGUGUAGCCUAUAAUUGCAUGCUAACUAGCCCCAUGACACGCAAGUGUUGCACAGGGUUGCUUGACAACUUGAUGCAAAUGAAUCGGUAAUGUUAGGGAUUUCAUGUUGCUAACUUAUACACUACUUGUGGUCAGUUGGCACAAAGAUCCUUGCUGACAUGCCUGUUUCCGUUGCGGACCCUGAAAUUACACUUUGCUAAACCAAGCAUUCAGAACAAACUGUGCUGUCUGUCCGUUUCAUCUACGUCAUCUACGUCAACUUCAACAGCGCCCUUCUCAGGGCAGCCAGAGCGAUUUCUUGUGUUCUUGCUGCUUUCAGUCUGAACAUACAGUUCUUCUCAGUUUAUGCUCCAACAGAGUAGGGUUGUAUAAAAGCAGUUGGUGCAGUGGAAGACAAAAAGGUAAGUCAUGAUAACCUCCCCUUACCUCAACUGUAUUAGGGUGGAGACAGAAAUCUGAAAACCUGACUAAAUGAAAACAAAACUAUCUGCAUGAUUAGAAGUCCUGGUAGUAAUAAAAACCGACUCUUUAAACCAGUGGAAUCUUGUUUAUGAAUCAUGUUAGCCCAGUGGAUUGUGUCAUUAUAACCUGAGAGUAUUCUCAUUUUCAUUCCAGUCAAACUCUACAGCUGCUGAUUGGCAAUUUUUCCACCCAGAGGGGAGGAACUAAUCAGUAAAACCAGCCGCUGUAGUUGUAGGUCGUGAAAAAGGGAGACCUUGGGGGCUGAUCACACACGUUUUAAAACUCACUGCCACAGCCCACCGGCCCACCUCUAUAAUUGUUGCAGUAGGUGUCGACCAAUCCGGUUCAAACCUGCCCGUCUUUGACAUCACUAAUCUGCCUGCGAAAGUGAACAAAUGAGACCGAGCCGAGGUCGAACUUUAAGCAAAAAGGGAAAUGCAAAAGAAUAAAUAAAUAAAGCUGUGGAAAACAAACAGGCGGGGUGCGUAAUUGCCCUUCACUCUCCAUAUGCAGAGCAAAGCUGCGUGACAUACAUUAUCUCCUGUUGGUUAAUGAAGGCCCUUGCUGGGAAAGAUGCAGGCUUAGGUAGAGGUAACAGAUGAUGAACGGCAAUAUGAAGAAGAUGAAGAAGAAGAGAGAAAAAAAAGGAAUUUUUAAUGGCAUUACUUCAGUUUGUAAACCUGUAUCGUAGGCCGAGGAAAGUUCACAGCACAGCAACAGUGCUUUAAGCUAAUUAAGAAUUCCCUUCUGCAUUAUGGAUGUACAUGGGUGUAACAACACACACACACUGAAGCCCCUCGCCAGUGUAUGUGUGUUUACAUCCAUGCCACAAAACUGUUACCAAAUAAGACACAAACUGUGUGAUGUGAGGGUGAAAAAGAAUAAAAGUCCACUCUGAAUGGUUUUUCAUUAGAAGUGUUUGGUUGAGCGGCCACUACUUCUUGCUGUGAACAUUAGUGACCAGCACAUUUUAGAAGGAUGUAUUUGACCCCUUGCUCUAAAUGUCAUGGAUUUUGCUGUUGUAGCUGUCCAGUUACGGGGGUCUGAUAGCGAUAAGUGCCUGAGAUAAUACCAUAAUAUUUUACACAAAGAGGGACACGAUGUGAUUUGUUUGUCAGUGACACUACAGCACACAAACUACAGUGUGUUUUUUUGUAACAUUUUUAAUAUCAUAUGAAAAUAAAAAUGUCAUUUUUUUGGGGUACUCCUUCCUGAACCUUUUUUUAAUUUUAUUCACAAGAGCCAACACUUACAAGCGGUUAUCAGUGUAUUUGUAUCCUGUUUGACAUUGCCUUCAACCAUGCUGUACCAUGAUGUGUUUAAGUAUAAAAAAAAGAAAAAAAAAAAAGAAAUGGAAGCUAUUGGAAGCUGAUGUGCAAUUGUUUUUGUUUUUUUUCCAGAAAACUUUUACAUGAUAUAUUAAGAAAUGUAUACAGCCACUUUUUUCCUGUACAUAUCAAAUUUAGAAUAAAACGGAAGGCUGUUCCAUCCUGUUUACAA